GGGCCGGGGCCGCCGGGCAGCCCCCGCCGCCGGCGGGCCAUGAGCGGGCAGCGGCAGCUCGUCGGGGGCUCCCGGCCGCCGCAGUGAGCGCGGGGCCGCGGUCGCUCCGCGCCGCGCAUGCCGGAGGGGCGCGUCCCGCGGCGGGGCAGCCCCGCGCGCCCCGCGCCGCCGCUCCGCUCCCGCACCCGCCGCUCCCGCAGCCGCGCCGCGAUGCCGGCGGCGGGGCGCGCGCAGCCCGCCUCCUGGCUCCUGGUGCUCGGCGCCGCUGCCCCCGCGCUCUGGCUGCGCUGCGUCCUGGCCGACUUCACGGUGGACAACGAGGUGCACUCCAGCUUCAUCCACCGCCGGCUGCGCGGCCCCGAGCGCCGCGAGAUGCAGCGGGAGAUCCUCUCCAUCCUCGGCCUGCCGCACCGCCCGCGGCCCCACCUCCACGGCAAGCACAACUCAGCCCCCAUGUUCAUGCUGGACCUCUACAAUGCCAUGUCCGUCGAGGAGGGGGCGGCGGGGGCCGCCGCUGAGGAGGGCGAGGGCUUCUCCUACCCUUACAAGCCCAUUUUCAGCACCCAGGGGCCGCCCCUGGCCAGCCUGCAGGACAGCAACUUCCUCACCGAGGCUGACAUGGUCAUGAGCUUCGUCAACUUGGUGGAGCAUGACAGAGAGUUUCACCAUCAGCGCUGCCACUACCGAGAGUUCAGGUUUGAUCUCUCCAGAAUCCCUGAGGGGGAAGCGGUGACGGCUGCCGAGUUCAGGAUAUAUAAGGAUUACAUCCGCGAACGCUUUGAUAAUGAAACAUUCCAGAUUAGUGUCUACCAGGUACUCCAGGAGCACCCAGGAAGGGAUUCAGAUUUGUUCCUGCUUGACUCCCGAACAAUCUGGGCUGCAGAGGAAGGGUGGCUGGUGUUUGACAUUACUGCAACCAGCAAUCACUGGGUGGUGAAUCCCCAACACAACCUUGGCCUGCAGCUCUCCGUGGAAGGCAUCGAUGGGCAAAGCAUCAACCCCAAACUGGCGGGUCUCAUUGGAAGGCACGGCCCACAGAACAAGCAGCCCUUCACAGUCGCCUUCUUCAAAGCCACCGAGGUCCAUCUCCGCAGUAUCCGCUCCACGGGAGGGAAGCAAAGGAGCCAGAAUCGAUCGAAACCACCCAAGAACCAGGAGGCUUUCCGGGUGUCCAACAUCGCAGAGAACAGCAGCAGCGACCAGCGACAAGCCUGCAAGAAGCACGAGCUCUACGUCAGCUUCAGGGACCUGGGGUGGCAGGACUGGAUCAUUGCUCCAGAGGGCUACGCUGCGUAUUACUGUGAAGGAGAAUGUGCUUUCCCGUUGAAUUCAUACAUGAAUGCUACAAAUCAUGCCAUUGUACAGACACUGGUUCACUUUAUAAACCCAGAGACUGUGCCGAAACCCUGCUGUGCUCCUACACAACUCAAUGCCAUCUCAGUGCUCUAUUUUGAUGACAGCUCCAAUGUUAUCUUAAAAAAAUACAGGAACAUGGUGGUACGAGCAUGUGGCUGUCAUUAGGCUUGUAGAAAAGAAAAGGAAAAAAAAAUGAAGUUAUUUGUAAAGAGUGGUUUUGUACAACUGUGUGGGGGAGGGGAAAAGGUUAGCACUCCAGCAAUGGGUUUAAAAAAAUCCCAGUCAGUUUUUAGGACCAGGCUUCUGAAAGUUCAGACAAUGGAACAGUUUCUGGAUCUAAGUGGCAUUUGAACACAUUUUGUUUUAGUUUAUUACAGACAAUGAGCUUGUAAACUGAAACAAACCAGAGAAGCCAUUUUAAACCAAAUCUGCCUACAAAAUUGGCUCCUACAAGACAUACUUUUGCAAAUAAGUCUUUCUGGAGAUUGCAAACUCACCAGUGUUGAUUGUCAAGUUAAAAAAAUAAUCCUCUAUCCAAGGUGAGAAUGUGCUGUGACUAAUAAGCAUGUGUAGUUCCUGUAACGCAGUUUGCAAUAAAAAAAGUGAACAAAAUAUACCUGGAGUGAACAGGUAUUUUGUUAGAGAAUUAUUAUUUCCAUCCCUCUGAUUCAAUUUCAUAAGCAAAACCAAAGAUUAAUUACAUUCAACUUCCAGUUUUAAACUACAGCAGCAAGAGGUCCCUUCCAGCCCUUGAGAUUUUGUGUGACACAAAGUACACAUCAGUCUAAGGAAACUGGCAAGCAAAAGAACUGAGGGAAAUCAUUCCAAAGAGCAAAACUUUUGGGGUAUACUUUUUUUUUCUGUUAGCAAGGAAGGAAUUUUCCUCUAGCAACCAGAAAGGAUUUGAAUUUGCUACGAACUUGAAACAGGAAAACAGCAAAACAUCAAGAAAGAGGCAUUAAACCUAACGUUUGAGCUGGGGUAUCCUGAGCAGUUAGGGUUGUGAAAGCCAGCUAAAGAUCCUGCUGCUGUUUGGAAAAUGUCCAUUGACUUCACUGACAGAACAAGUUCCAAGAUUUUUUCAAAAACAUGGAGGCUGAAGUGCAGGAGAUGCUGUAACACAUACCCAGCACCAUGCAGCCUCAGCUAGAACCAAGCCAGGAAGCCUUAUUUCCCAAGGUCAGUGUUUACAGUAACCCCCCUGCUCUAUUAUUGGCUUCACCUUUAAUAAAGAAAUUUAAAGUCCCUUUUAAGAGCCACACCAACAAACUGGAACCAGGAGCAAGAAAACAUCCCCUCAAGGCGUUUCUUUUCCCUCCUUUUAAAGUCACAGGUUACACAAACAUCACACUUAAGUAAUUAAACCUCAAUUAAAGCUGUUGUGUGUAAGAAUACAAAGUAGCAGUAACCAAUCACAAACCAAUUCAACAGUUUGGCAUAUGUUGCGAUGACAAAAGUAGGAUUGGAAUAAAUUUCACCAGGGAGAUCAAAAAAGAAACUUCUGUCCAAUGGAACACCAGGUCCACAGCACUAAAUCUCCAAAUUUCAAAAAUCUAAACCUCCAACAGAUGGAUCCAGAACUCAGUAAAUCCCUGGAGAUGGUUCUGUGUCAGUUCUCAGGGAGAGGACAGGGCGAUGCAGCCACAGUGGGGACUUGGCUCCAUGUCUUGCCUUAGAGGAGAGUUAGAGAAAGAAGAUAAAUGAAUGCAACCACCCAGUUCUGGAAAUCACUCACUGCUCUUCUUCCUUUAAGUCACAGAUCAAAUCCAGACCAGAUGCUUCACUUUAAAAAGAAUAAGCAAAGGGAGGGGAAAAAAAAAUACUGUCUAUGAAAUAAACUGGAAACUUGUUUCUGAUGGUCUAAUUCUAAUCUCAGUUAAGUCAAUUGGUGUUUUCCCAGCAGUUUUCUCAGUAGCAAGAUUAGACUUAUGGGAAAGUGGAAGUGUCUCCAUGACAUCAGUAGUUUUUGGACUGGGACCUCGGUGAGCAGUUGCCACAUUGCCAGCUUUGAACACAAGCACCUGAAACAUCUGCAGGACCAGCGUGGCCGUGGCACACACGACUCCAGCAAACCUCCUGACUGCCCUGAGUGGAAACUUGGGCCAAAUAGUCACAGCCAGCCAAAUGGCAGGACAAGGGCUGAAGGCAAAAGACCACCCUUCCCUGGAGUCUGCAGACAAGGUCCUGUACAAUAAACAGCCAAAACUGCCCUCAGUGCAUCUCUUACUUAGAAGUAUUGAAAUCAUGCAGAUUGGACUUGUCUUUUGACAUUGUACACAUACAAACACCAGUGCUUCUGUAAACCUCUUAAAGGAAGUUAAGGUGCUGCCUAGAGAGUUAAAAGCUAAAUCAUGCCUAAACUUCCACUAUUUAGUAGUAGAGGAUUAGUUUUUCUUGGGGGUGUUUCAGUGUUGGUGGUCACUACGUUGGUGUAUUGCAUUUUUAACUUGGACCACGGUAUCUUGCUGUAUAGGAUUCAUAUAUUAAAUAUUAUGUGGGGUUGUUUGUUUUGGUUUUUGUGUGUUUGGGGUUUUUUUUAAACAUAAUAAUAGGAUUUCUGUUGCUAGGCUCAACAUCAGCUUCACUGUUUGUACAUUUUUAUGUAAAUAGUUGUCACAAGCGGAAGAAGAAUUAUUUAUUUCCAUCUCUGAAUUCCUUUUCAGUCACAUCCAGGAAAAACGAAUCUCAGUUCCUAAACACAUUUGUUUCCUUAUUUAAGAAGAUAUUUAUUACCGGUUGGCAAAAAUGCAUACACUGUUCUGGUUCUUUUCAUAGAGCAGUUGUCAGAAGCUUUUUGUACAAACUAGUAAAAUAAAUCAUUGCAACUUUA